AAAAAACAACAUUUUUUGUCUUAAAAAUAAUGCGGUUUUACCUUAAUUCGGCAUUAAUGUCAUUUUAUUGGUUAAAUAUUUAAACAUUUUACCUGCAAAGACAUACUCUUACAAUGUUUAAGUACCAACUGUACAAUGUACGAGUAUGAAAGCAUAACUGAAUACAUUGUAGGCACAUAUCUGUAUUACUUAUUCAUAAUACUUACAAUAAAGUACUGCCUGAACUGCUGAUAACUCAACUGUAUUCAUUUAUGUAGGUUAUGUUUAACUAUUAGCAAUUAAAUAGCGUAAAAUGGACCAAGAAGACGCCAAAACUGAAGACGACAGACCUACGAAAGUUGACGUUUUACUCCGACCUGCUGGAGACGCGCCGAUAUUAAAGAAAAAGAAAUGGCAGGUGGACUCUGCUAAGACUGUUGAAUGGGUCGUCGGAUUUCUGAGAAAACUUUUAAAAUGUGAAGAUUCUGAUUCGUUGUUUUUAUACGUCAAUCAAGCGUUCGCCCCCUCGCCCGAUAGAGACAUUGGUUCCUUGUAUGAAUGCUUCGGGAGCGACGAGAAACUUGUAUUACAUUAUGCUAAGACACAAGCGUGGGGCUGAAACACAUUUUCUUUACUUUUGUAGAUUUACUCUUCUUCUUAAAAUGUAGUUCCAAUUAAAGUGCAUUCACCUGUUACGGUUAUCAACAUUUCAGCUACAAAAAUAUUGUGCAAAUAUAUGUCAUCAUAUGCAAGCUACAAACCUGUAUUAUAUGAUGAAUUUAACAUCCUGACGGUUAUAAAUGUUACAGUUCAUUUACACUUAUGGCCAAUACGUAACAGUCACACUGUUUCACUGUUUAAUGCUUUGGGUUUAACUCGAAAGCGAGCAUGAGGUGUAUGAAACAGAACACCUGUGUUAAAACGACAGUUGUUUCCCACCAUACAAGGUCAAAUAGUUUAUUAUUUAUUGCAAAUGCUAAAUCUAAUGCCUACUGAAAAUUCCAACAUGACAGUCCUUUUGCUUGCGCGAUACUUUAUUCUAUUUAUAAACUACCAGGUUCUAGGUUUUAGUCAUGGAUAUUUUAUCUGCUGAUAACCUGAGAGCGUUAAGACUCUGUGGUGAUGAUGAUGUCAUAUCUGAUGAUGCGUUUAAUGCUCUGAUACCGGAUGCAUGUUCUGUGAUCUUGGGUGGAGAGGCUGAUCAUCCUGGUGGGAAGAUAUGUGCAAGUGUAGAUCAAAGAGCAUUAAUGGAGGUCUUCACUGGAGUGAUGUGUUUGCUCCUGGAGGCGGGGAAGCUCGACAUUGAUGAAGAUCAACUUAAUCUUCUGCUUGACGAUUGCAAUUUCUCAUCCUCGAAAAAAGAAAGUUUUGUUUCUGUUUUUAACGAGAAUCGAUCCAAGAUUCGCGAACAUUUAGGAAACAUAGGAAUCCAACUACCGACCUUGGUUGAUGUUAAAUGGAGGUUGGAUUACAACCUAAAGAACAGCAGUCUUCAUAAAGUGAACGAACUUAAAUAUACAAUCUCGCUGAAAGAGAAUUCUUCAAAUGAACCAGUGGAGUUCCAUUGCUCCAAAGAAGAACUUCAAGAUUUGGUUAGCAAACUUAGAGAGGCGUGCAAAGCAUUGGAGAGAGCAAGUCAAGUGUGAUCUCUCAAUGUUUAUGUGAUGUAUAAACUCAGUUAUUCAACAUAUCAUCAUUCAUGUGCAAUAUCCUUGUAAAAUAUAGUGAGAAUUAAAGAUUGAUUUUUAAGUUUUGAAUAUUUGCCAUAGUAAAUUACAAGCAUUUUUAAAUUUAUUGUUAAA